AUGGGUGACUGCUGCCGGUGCUCACAGCAGUGGCACGUAGCUAGUAAUGGUGCGAAAUCGAUCAAAGAGGGUGCGUCUGGCGGUACAGGCAGAAAGCACGCCCGCCGAUACAAGUUCCAGUUCUACAAGCACCUGCAGUUCCAGGGUACGAGGUACCAGGUGGUGACUUCGCGGCCGUAUCUGAUAGAGCGGUACGGGGAGCGCAAGGCGGCGACGAUCAGGUCGUUUGUCAAGUGCAUCCAUCGGAAAAUCAACGACGAUGUGACACGGAUCAGCGACGAGCGGGUGACGCACGGGGUGUCGAAGUGGGAGAAGUCGAAGCUGUUCCUGCUGCUGGUGACGCUGUCGCAGCGGGGCGGGCCGGAGUACUGGCUGGACAAGACGAACGGGUGCCAGAGCCGCGCGGGCGGAGACGGCGCGCGGAAGAGCGACGAGGUGGAGGAGGGCGGGAGCCGGCGGGGCCAGAGGCUCGUCUGCACACUGGUGGAGCAGAUCAUGCGCGAGAACAUCACGGAGGACUACGACGAGAGCGUGCACGACGAGAACUACGUGUUCUCGUCGAUAUGGGCGAACUUCAUGGAGGGGUUGAUAAACCACUACCUAGAGAAGGUCAUCAUACCCAAGUCCGAGCUGAAGGUGUGCCAGCAGCUGUACAAGCCGAUGAUGAAGAUCAUCUCACUCUAUAACGAAUACAACGAGCUCAUGGACAAGAGCGAGCGCAACGGGUUCUUUCCGGCGCAAGAGGAGGUGUGCGAGAGCGGCGGCGUGGAGCAGCUCAGCGAACGAGCGGAGGACGACGUCUCCACGGACCAGAAGCUGGUGAAGGCACAGAAGCUACUGUGGCAGGCGCGCCAGGACAUCCCCAAGACCAUCAGCAAGGAGCUGACGCUGCUCUCUGAAAUGUACUCUACUCUUAGCGCCGACGAGCAGGACUACGCGUUGGACGAGUUCGUGUGUUGCGCAGAGGAGUACAUCGAGGUGGAGUACCUGCCCGCACUCAUUGACCUUCUUUUCCAGAACUGCGGCACCCUGCUCUUCUGGAAGAUCAUGAUGGUCCUGGAACCUUUUUUCUACUAUAUAGAGGAGGUCGACGACAGCAAUGAGCGUGACGAGGACGAUGACGAGAGCGGCUCCUCGGUGCCCACACCCGCCAACAGCGAGGCAACACACAGGCCGGCGAAGCCCGACCCGCGCAUGGUCACCCUGGAGAAAAUAUGCGAGGUGGCUGCGCGGCAAAAGUGGAUCUAG